AUGGAGGCCCAUGCUCUCCGAGGCUUCCACUGUCCCAACAAUGCACAGGUAGACACCCACCACCACGCACCAACACGUAUUCGUAGCCUCAAUCCGCUAUCCUCGCCGGAAAUUGGUCAACGCAUCUUUCGUGUCGCUACUACAACCGCCAAGAAAAGGCCUCGUCACGUCAGCAUCGGCGCUGUUCACAGUCGGGGGGAGGAGGAGUCUGAUAGCGCAGGUGAAGUUCGGCACAGAAGACGAGAUGUGCUGGUGACGCCGUUUAUUGCGAUCGGAGCUUGUGUAUUCCGGUCGGCCGUAGCGAGGGCGGAUGAGAAGGUGGCGACUGAGAGUGCGGUUGUGCCGGCUGCCGUCACGGAGACGAAGGUGAAGGCCACGGAAGGGGUGACAGCGGCGAAAGUUGAGGUGAAGAAGGAGGAGGUGAUCAAUUCAAGGAUUUAUGAUGCCUCGGUUAUUGGAGAGCCUAUGGCGGUGGGGAAAGACAAAGGGAAGGUAUGGGAGAAGCUGAUGAAUGGUCGGAUAGUUUAUUUAGGGGAAGCGGAACAAGUGCCGACUCGAGAUGACAAGGAAUUGGAGGUUGAGAUUGUGAGGAGUCUGGCGAAGAGGUGCGCGGAGGUGAAUCGCCAGAUUACGUUGGCUUUGGAAGCAUUUCCAGCUGAUUUGCAAGAACAACUUGAUCAAUACAUUGAUAAGAGAAUUAAUGGGGAGACCUUAAAGCCUCUUGUGUCACACUGGCCACCUCAGCGUUGGCAGGAAUACCAGCCUCUUCUAAAUUACUGUCGUGAUAAUGUAGUCCGGCUAAUUGCAUGUGGUACGCCACUUAAGAUCUUGAGGACUGUCCAGGCUGAUGGUAUUCGUGGGCUUUCUAAGGCUGAGCGUAAAGCUUAUGCUCCUCCAGCUGGUUCAGGAUUUAUUUCAGGCUUUACAUCUAUCUCACGUAGAUCAUCAAUGGAUAUCAACUAUGCAAAUCAGUCUAUUCCUUUUGGGCCAAGCUCAUAUCUAUCUGCACAAGCCAGAGUUGUUGAGGAGUAUACCAUGUCUCAGAUCAUUUUACAGGCAGUCACAAAUGGAGGAGCUGCCGGAAUGCUGGUGGUGGUAACUGGUGCAACCCAUGUUGCUUACGGAUCAAGAGGGACUGGGGUACCAGCAAGAAUUGCAAGGAAGAUGCAAAAGAAAAAUCAAACAGUUAUAUUGCUUGAUCCUGAAAGGCAAUACAUCCGACGGGAGGGUGAAGUUCCUGUUGCUGAUUUCUUAUGGUAUUCUGCUGCCAGACCAUGCACGAGGAAUUGCUUUGACCGUGCUGAAAUUGCCCGUGUUAUGAAUGCAGCUGGCAGAAGGAGAGAUGCAUUGCCGCAGGAUAUCCAGAAAGGACUGGAUCUUGGUCUGGUAUCUCCCGAAGUACUGCAGAAUUUCUUUGAUCUGGAGCAGUAUCCUCUUCUUUCAGAACUUACUCAUCGUUUUCAGGGUUUCAGAGAAAGACUGUUGGCAGAUCCCAAGUUCUUAAAUAGAUUAGCAAUAGAGGAAACGAUAUCAGUAACUACUACCCUCAUGGCACAAUACCAGAAGCGAAAAGGAAAGUUCUUUGAAGAGAUUGACUAUGUUGUGACGGACACUCUCAGAGGAAUAGUAGUUGAUUUCUUUACAGUAUGGCUUCCAGCCCCCACGUUAUCGUUUCUUUCAUAUUCUGAUGAUGCUAAUGGACCUAAUAGCAUAGAUGCACUCAAGGGUCUUCUGGGGUCCAUACCCGAUAAUGCAUUUCAAAAAUCUCUUGCUGGGAAGGACUGGAAUAUUGGCCAUAGAGUUGCUUCAGUGGUUUUUGGCGGUAUAAAGCUUGCUAGCGUUGGAUUCAUUUCCAGUCUUGGAGCCGUGGCUGCCUCAAAUGUAUUGUACACCUUACGCAAGGUCCUCAAUCCAGCCCUCAUGCAAAAGAAUAGAAGAUCACCAAUAUUGAAAACCGCAAUUGUUUACAGUGGUUUUCUUGGGACAUCAGCUAAUCUCCGGUAUCAGAUUAUUGCUGGACUGGUGGAGCAUCGGGUUUCAGAUAUGUUUGCCGACCAAACUUUGUUUGUAAAUAUGCUAUCGUUUGUGGCGCGAACAAUCAACUCCUAUUGGGGAACUCAGCAAUGGAUAGAUCUUGCACGGUUUACAGGACUACAGACUCAAAAGAGUGAACCCGAACCCGAACCCUCCUUAAACCAAACCAUAGAAUCUGCAAAUUCCACACCUUUAAACACUACUGAAGAAGCUGGUAUUGAUGAAAUCAACAGUCAAUGAGAUGGUGUGCACCUGACUUAUCUUUGGCUUUGUAUAACCCACGGGGCAGGUAAAAGGGAACCAAUUUUGAUCGACUAACCAUUUCAUACUUGGGAUACUAGUCUUAAUCAGGUAAGGUAUAUCCACCUGAUUCACCUAGUUUUUUGUUUUUUUUUUAAUUUAAAGAAUACAGUGUAAUAACAAUUGGUCAUUUCGGACAUUUGGCCUUAUAGUGUUGUUUAUUUACAUAUGGGCAUC